UUUAAAUUAAUAAAUUGUGUGUUGCUAAACAUAAAAAUAAUCGAACGGAUAAAUAUUCAAAAGACUUGAAAAUAUCGAUUGGUCUUUAAUAAAAAAAAGCAUAAAGAGUACGAAUGGAAAGUGGAGCAAAAGUGUACCAUAUGCAUGUGUGCAUACUGCUCAUAUAUGAAAGAGAUUGUGUGUAUAAGUAGAUGCGUGAAGUGUGGAUUACUCUUUAUAUGUGCUAAUAGGAGAAUUUGAAAAGGGAAGAACGGAAGAAGUAAGCGGGAGAAAUAAGUGAAUUGUGCGAAAGUGUACAAAAAAUAAAUACAAUUGAUUUGCAUAGAAAUAGCUGAAAGUCUCUUAUUAACGCUUUAAUUAGUAUAAAAAAUAAAAAGUGGUGUGCUGUUCAAGUAGUUUAACAGUUCAUGCUCAAAAACUUAAAUUUUGAAAGGUUGAACAACGGAUUGUUUAUAAUUUUUUUUUUUAUUAAUUUUUUCUAAUGUUAACAUUGCGUUUAUGUACAAAUAUGCAUUAUUAUAUAUAAAUAAUUUUUCAAAGGUAGUAGAGAUAUAAUUCAUUAUAUCCAAAAGAAAAUAGCAGAUGCAAUAAAAAUUUAUUUACAAUAAAAAUAAUUCAAUUGAUCGAAGUAAAGAAACAACAGUAACAAAAACAAAUAUUUGAUUAAACUAAAAAAAUUGUAAAAAGCGAAUAAUGCCAGUAAGGAUAGCGUGAUAGAGCAGAAGCUUGGGAGAAAUAUAAAUUAAGAACCGAAGAGAAACUAAGUUGUUGUAUUUUGUUGCAGUCGCUGCUGCAAUUGUUUUUGUGGUCAUCUCUCAUCGAUUCAUUCGAGAAUAGAGUUAAUAUUGGCUAAUCUACCGCCCCAACGAUGGUAUUUAGUAAUAGCAAGCUCAUCUAUAUAUGUAUGUAUAUUUUGAAGCUACAAACUUCAACAAGGAAAUAAAUAUAAAUAUUCAAGUAGUUUUAAAAUUACUUUGCUAUAUUACAAUUAAAGUAAACCAUGAAUUUCACAAUUAAUGAUGUUCAAAAUGAAUCGCAGUAGAAGUCAGAUUAAUAUCAAUGCUAAGUAAAUAGCUUUUAAUUUUACUAAAAAAAUAUUUAAAAUUUGAAUAUUCUAUUAUUAAUCCACGUCGUUUACCAACUCUCUGUAAUAUUUUCCAUUUUCUUUCAUAAGAGUUUUAAAUGCUAUUCGAAAAAUUUAUUUUCUGAUAUAAUUCUUUGGAGAGAUUAAAUAUUUUUUUUUGUAAUUUUUUAAUGUUUUUUUUAUUUUAUUUUAAAAAGGAUUUGAAAAUUCAUAAUUAACAUAGUAGUUUUUGCAUUGCGGUGCUUUUCGUAUAAGAAUAGAACUUAUGAUUCUUUUAAUCUGUUAUCUUACUACAUCAUUUGAGUCAUUUUAGUUCGAGAAGUGAUUCCUUAUUGUACAAUAUUUAGUUACAUACUUGCUUUCCGCAUUUCUCUUAAAACAUUUAUUUAUGUAUGUGCGUACAUAGUUCAAUAUAUAUUUGUGAAAGAGUUUCGCAUUGCUAAGAUGAAAACUAAGAUUUUAGGGCCACUGUUUGAUUUAAUGAGGGUCUAUGAGAUAACGUCGACUAAUAUACGGUGGGUUAUUGGAAUGUGGGCUCCGACUUGACAAAGUAGCUGAGGUCGACCGCUAUGUGUCGGCUUUUUAUUUUAAUAGAGCGCAAAAGAGAACACCAAACGCCGCGUUCCGCACUCAAAUACUCUCUUUUUAUGCCUAUCAUAUCGAGAAAAAUUUUAUUUUUCGAAAUCUCUUUCAUUAUUUCUCUCUCCUUUAACUAAGCCCUUUAAAUAUUGUAAUAUACAAGUUGAUGUAUGUGUGUAUUAUACAUAUGUACAAUUCGACGUUUAUUAUUUUUUGUAGGAAAAAUAAAUCAAAAAAAUUUAUUCGCUAGUUUUGACAUUUAAAAUCGAAAAUACUGAGAACAAAUGCAACCCUGUUAGGUGUUGUUGUUGUGGUUGCUGUCUCUUUCAUCUGCGAUUCGGUUCAUUUCCAUUCCGAAGUAGAAAUAGAAGCACAAGUAAAAAAGACAAAAUUUCCAUUGUGUAUAGACGACUUUGCAGCACUUGUAUGUCGUUUAUUCGUUGGUUAACAUUUUUUCGUGUUCGCUAUCGCUGUGGUCAAUAAUAUUUCUAGUGAGGAGGAAAUUUUAUUAAAUAAUAUUGCAAAACCGAAUAAUAAGUGAAAAAAUAAUUAUUUUUACGAAAAAAUUCAAUAAUUGUAUUGUUUAUAAACAUGAUAUUACUCAUAACUACAUUAAUUCAAGGUUUGAUAUAAUCAAAGAAUAUAAAAUUCAAAAUUUUCUUAAACUCAUCUAAAGUAAGAUUCAUACGCAUCAUACGAAUAAUUGAAGAAAAAUGUCUACACAAAAUAUUUGAGCAUGCAGUGGAAAAUUUAAUAAACUACAUACAUUACCUACCUAUUAUUUUAUAUUUUGUCUACAUCAACAUCAACGAUUAACGAAAAGCCAGCAACAAACGGUGAACCACAAGCAAAGCAACCAGUCAUUCAGCCAACGACCAUCGACUUUCAUCGCAAUUCGCUCUCUUCUCAUUAUGUUGCGUCGCAACAAAGCAAAAAAAAUCUGAGGGGCAUCGGUAUUAGUCGGUGACUGUUGUGUCGGAAACAGUAGUAGCAGUGUUGGUGCUACCCUUCAUCAUCAACAGUGAACAAGAAAACUGAAAAAAAUAUACUAAAUAAAACCAAAAAAUAUUAAAUGUGUUCAUAGUCGCGCGCGCCGCUGUUCUUUCUAUCUAUCGUAACGUCACCGGUUCUCACAUUGUGCACCACUCGUCUGCUCGUUUGUUGGCCGCUUACUCGUUCGCACGUUUAGUUAGUAUCCCGUUCAGUUGUGCUGUUUAUCGGUGGCGGUAGUGUGGUGGUGUUUGUUGUUGCACGAGUCGUCGUCAUCGUCAUCAGUGGCAAAACUCGUGCAAAAAUUGCGAAGAGCACAAAUUUCAUUGUCGCUGAACUGUGGUGUUUAUUUGUGUGUAUUAGUGAGAAAUCGUAGCUGCAGUAGCGACUAUAGUCGAUCGUAAACGUCGGCAGAGUUGUUAGUGUUUGUCAAUGUACUAAAUGCACACUGGUGUUAGUAAAAAUUGUGGUUGGUUGGUAAUUUCGAAAUUGAUUUACCUGAAUCCGAAUGUUAAUUCGAAUCGGAAUCCUAAUCCAGUAUAGUGUUAAAAAUGUAAAGCGGAAUACAAAGUAAAAACGACAUUAUAACAAAUAAAAAUUUAGUGCUUGGAAAACCAAAGAAAGUGUUUAAUAAUGAGAAAGCAAGAAAAAGAAAAGAUAAAUAUAAAAUAAAAGCAUGAAAUCAUAAACAAGUAGUAAAAAAGUAUCUAAAUAUUCGUUUUUUUUAUUACCUAGCGACCGAAAUAAAUUUAAAGGCGAAAGAAUAAGUGUAUGUGAGACAAAGAUAAAUAGUGAAAAAGAAAUAAAACAGUAACAGUAGUGCAACAAGGGCACUUCCUAAUUCCUACCUGUACGUCAGACCGUUAUAAAGUGUGCGUGUGUGUAUGUGCUUUGCGAGUUUAUCAAUUCGCUUUCGCAUAGUAUGCGAUACACGGUAGUAGAUGAAAGCAUAAAAAGUUAUAAACGGCAAAAUAACGAUAGCACUAUAUAAUUUAAAUGAAUGUAACAGUAACUGAGCAAACGACACGGUAAUGACGUAGGCACGUUAGAGAAAAUAAAGCAAAAAUAUCGUUUAGUUAAUCAAAAUACAGAAGCUACGAAGCUUUUGUCUUAUGUAUUGCUGCUGUGUAGUUCUCAUUUAAUUGAAAUUUUUGCUGAGACGCAAAUUGCUUAUUAUCAACGAUAAUUGAGAAAAUGAGGAGCUGUUGUGUUAAAAAAAUACAUGAACUAUGACGCAUCAAAAUCAUCAGACCAACGGCGCUAGUUUGGAGGAUUGCCAUACAAACUUCUUUGCCCUGACUGAUUUAUGCGGAAUUAAAUGGCGUAAGUUCGUAAACAGCGAACGAGUGAAUGCGUCAAGUGAUCCAUUAGAUGAUCCCAUCCUGCGCUCCUAUUCACGAUGUAUGCAAGCUGACAUUCUAUGUGUGUGGCGUCGCAUACCGUCCACCAAGCAGGAUAAUUCGGAUUUAAAUCCGAUUUUUGAGAUUAGCACAUCGAAAGUUCAUCCGCCACUUUCGUUAGCCGCCGCCAAAGAAUUAUGGAUAUUUUGGUAUGGCGAAGAACCAGAUCUUAGUGAAUUGGUGGAUGCGGAAUUGUUGAAAGUUGCCGCAAACCAAGCACUUUGGAAUGGAACAUGGGAACGAGGUCUUACUUACGAGUGCCGCUCGCUACUAUUCAAAGCUUUGCACAAUUUAAUGGAGCGGUUCGUGCUGACCAAAGAUAUUGUGCGUUUUGGUAAAUGGUUUGUUCAGCCGUGCACUUCCAAUGAUCGACUCUUUGGCCGAAGUUCUCAGCACCUUUCAUUCUCGUUUACGUUCUUUGUGCACGGCGACACGGUAUGCGCAUCGAUCGAUUUGAGGGAACACCCCGCGGUGCGUCCCUUAUCAAAGGAGCAUUUAACUGAAGCGGCGGCGGCUUUUGCUGCCGCUGGUAAUUCGCAAACACUGUCGCAAUCUCAUGAACAUGGCAAUGUAACGAAUUUGCCAGAAGAUGUGGCAAGUCCACACAGCCCCAAUAAUGGCGGGGCUGUGGGAGACGGUGUCACCAACUCAAACUCUCCGAAUUCCUCUACUACACCCAAGCCGCGACGAGUAAUACUAGCGCCAUUUGGUAUGGCGGCAACACUAACCGGCAAUAGUUUUAAAGCUACUGAUCCAAUGGCCGAGAAGAUCUUAGAAGAUUGGGCAUCAUUUUUCCCACUGUGCAAUAAGGAAAACUCUGAUGUGCCACCGGUGGUUGAAGUUGUGUCGGGUGGACAUAAAAUGUAUCAUCCCUCAAUUUAUGUACUAGUCACUGAUUUGGAUGACAUGGAGGAAAUGGAAGCGGCUGCGUCGCAAAAGGGCUCACUGGGCACAACAUCUUCGGCGGAGGCUGCCGCACUGGCGGCUAUUUCAUCUGCGAAUACAAAUGAAUUUAUAGGCAACAGUCGAAAGUCCACAUCAACGCAACAACCCGCUAGCUUGCAACAACAACAACUGCAACAACAGAUGCACACUGUCACUACUGUAACAACAGUUGCCACGUCGUGCAGCCAAGCGAACAGCAGUGGGGUUGGCGGAAGUAAUGGCAUUAACAGCAAUAGCAGUAUUGCAAUGGUUGAGCAACAUUUGCAUGAACUGUCGGCAAGAGCGCAACCCUACUAUGACACCACGGCGAGCAGUUUUACUAGCAACACAACUAAUACUCACGCCUCACCACAGGCGGCUACCGAAAUGCCAGAGCGCGUAUGGCAGGAUUGCAUAACGAAUACGUUGCAUGUGACAUAUGCGGCCAGCGUUGCUGCCACAGCAAUGAGUACUGGCGCCACAACCGCUCAAAUAACUUGUUCAUCCCUCUCUACUUCCACCGGCGGAGUAACAACCACAACUGCCACAGGCAGUGGUACAGUAGGUGGCGAGGACUGCAAUUCCACCAGUGGUAAUAAUGGCAACAACGACAACAAUGCCGGCAACGGUGGCGGCGGUGGUAACAGUAGUGGCGGUUGUAGUUCCAUGGACACGCAAAAUACCAACACAAAAAUUGGCGACGCCAAUGAAGUGGAGGCCAAGCUACGCAUGCAGCAAAUGCAAUUUUGGGGAUUUGUUGAUCCAACGGAAAAGACACCCUGUACAUGCACAAAACUUUCAUCGUCGUCGUCGACACUAUCCGUUCUCACACAUACUACUUCUACUAGCAGCAAAAAAACUGCAGCUUCUACUACUUCUUUGUCAAUGACAUCCCCUAUAUAUAGUGUUUCCGGGCCGGCUUCGUCAGUGCGUCUGAGCAACAGCAUGAUGAUGGCAUUGGGUGGCAAAAUGCACACCGGCUCGGCGGGAUGCGGCAGCGGCAGCAGCAGCAGCAACAGCUACAACAAUAGCCACCAACAACAACAACAAUAUCGUACUGCUACACCAACAACAUUCUUUUCGUCGCCAUCAACGGCAACGGCAACAGCAUCAUCGUCUUCGUCUGUAUACCACAGCAAUGUAAAAAGUAUUACAUCUCGCACAACAGUGUGUAUUCCAUUCCAUCGGCGACAACAAUAUGACUUAUACAGCACCGAUAACAGCAUCACUACUGGCGGCGGCGGCGGCAGUAACUAUUUGAAUACAAAUCUAUGCAAUUCGCUAUUGCAGAGUCGUAGCGAAAGCGUUGGCGGUGGUGGCGGUGGCGUUUGCUUUGACGUCGUUGACGGUGCAGGGAACACAGUAGACGCUGCCGCAGCUGCUGCUUCCAAUGGCAUCACUACUAUGCAUUAUCAAACUUCAGACACCAUACCAAAGCAAAGAACUUUGAAUCCCGCAUCGAUGACGCCGCACGACACACCGCACGGCGGCGCUUCAACUUAUUCGCGCAACUCUGUGGGCGACUUGAUGCCGGUGCCCUCGGUGGGUUCGCCUGGCACACCCGCACAAUCGCCUCAUCCGAACUCAACGCUAUCACAGCCAACGUCUGUACCACCGGCCGAUCAAUUGUUAACAAUGAGCCCACGUGCACCACCAUCCGUGCCGAAUUUGCAACAACCACCAACACCGAUUGAUCAUCUAUUGGACAAGAAUACACCGGCACCCACACCCACCGAUCAGCAUGAUAAUAAAAGCAUCACAACAUCGCCCUAUGUGCGACCUACGCCAAGCGUAGAGCCGCCACCCUCUGUUGAGGCGGGUAAUGGUGGUGGUGGCGUGACUGGCGUGGGACCAAAUGGACCUGGCAGCGUGCCACAACCACCAAGUGUCGGGCGUAGCACUCCGACUAUAAGCGGCCAACAACAGCAGCAGCAACAACAACAACAACAAGGUUCACAACAGUCACAAGCACAAAUUAUGGGCACAACGGGUUCGGCUGGUCCCCAAUGUGGCACUAUAAGCAUUAAGAAAUUCGAGAUACAACAACCGUCAUUGACCACACUAAGUGUUGAUCAAAUUAAAACCGAACCGGGUUAUGCGCCGACACCAUUGUCGGGUAGCGGUAGUCGAAAUGGCCUGCCAGUAGUGUCCACGUCGUCUGCCAUUUCGGCGGCAGAUGCGAUCAACGAUUAUUGGAAAUCGUUUAAGAUGCCAGAGAUAAAAGUUAAGGAUAUCGAUAGUUUCGCCAAUGAUGACUGCUCAAAAUAUAAUGUACUGUAUGAUUUCACGUAUCAGAAUGCUUGGGCGAAUCAUCCAAUGAAACGUUUCAAGCUCAACGAUGUGACCAAACCGUGUCGCAGCAUGUGUACCAAAAAUCUCUACGAAGGUCAUACUCACUCGAAACCGCUUAUGCCGUCACCGGGCUCCGUAUAUGGUUCGCAGCUACUCUCUAUAGAUGCUUCCCUCAAUUCGCUUACGAGUUCCGCCAUGAAUGCAGCGUCUGCGAGUGGUAGUAGCAGUGGCGGUUUGGUAGGCAUAGCCGCGCAUUGUGGCAAUUUGACAAAUAUCAAAGAGGAAAAUGUGGGUAGUGAUGGCAAUGGUAAUGGCGGCGGUUAUUUCCGCGGGCUCGACAUACAAACCACAGAUGCGCUACAGGGUACAGCUUCACCUUGCAAAGAUGGCAAAAGCAGUGCCAGUGGUGAUCUGUAUACCGCUGAAGGCUUAAACCCAACAAUGAACGAUCUUGAGCAGCUGUUUGAGACAUCAAACGAUGGCUGCGGCAGCGUGCAAAUACAUACACCGCCCGACUCGAACAACCCAUCCAAUGGCUCUACCGCAACGACCACAAUUGACGAUCUUAAGCGCAGCACUGCAGUUGCUGCUGCUGUGAACGCCAGUGCGGUCGCAAUCGCUGCGUUGCAAAACUGCACGAAUACACCGAAUGCCUCGAAUAGUAUAGGUAAUAAUGGUAGCAGUAAUGGUGGCGGUAACGGCGGUUCCAGUAUGGCGGAAGAUCUGACUAAGAUGUUUCCUACACCACCAUCACAUGAACAGCACCAUCCUAAUUCCAGCCCGUGCCAAAUGGACAUCCAAAUGACGGAUCUCAGUGUAAUUACUGCUGCAACCGCUAUAUCGGGCGGCUUGGAUGCCGGUAUGGGCGGUAUGAUUAAAAUCAAACAAGAAUAUUUUGCCGAACUGGGUAGCCCCGUUGAAGAGCCAAUUGAAGAUUGGUCAUAUGUUUAUCGGCCGCCGAAGCGUGCAAAGUUUGUGGGCUCAUCCAAAUACGCGCCUCUAACAAACCUACCUAGUCAAACGCUGCCGCCACUGGCGUUACCAACAAAUUGCACCUACAAACCAUCAUGGACAACACAGAAAUCGCGUGCGGUGGUCGCUGCUCAAGCUGCGGCAGCACAACAGCAGCAACAACAACAGCAACUGCAACAACAACAUCAACAACUACACGAACUACUCUCAGCAGCGCCGCGCACACCGCUACAGCAACCGCGCACACCUUUGGGGCCCAUACCAUCACCAAUGCACUCAAACACGGUGCCCACGCCGUUGAGCAGUGGUGGUGGUGGUGCCGGCGGUGGAAAUAAUCUUUUGCUGAAUCAACUAAACUGUCCGCAGGCAGCACUCACAAAUACGCCCGGCAGCACGAGUAUGCAGCAAAUGAUGCAACGCGCCGGCAUGUCACCGAUAUCACCAUCACCCGCCUCGGUGGUACCGUUUCCAAUGAUGCAACCACAACGGCAUCCACCGCCACCUUAUGAAAUGGCUGUGGCCAGUCCAGCCACCUCAACAUCGUCGUAUUUGAAUAAACAGUAUCAUUCGCAAGAGCAUCCUCCAACACCGCAAAGCGUUGGUAUGCCUUCAACACAUCUUCCUAGACCGCUAAGCGCAGCGGGUAAUCUGCCAUCCGCCGGCGUUGCGACUGGCGCCGUGGUGGCGCGUGAGUUGCCCGAAGUUAGCUCUUUGAUUGUGAAUAUUCUGCUAUAUGACACAGCGUUAAAUGUCUUUCGAGAUCACAAUUUCGAUAGCAGCACCGUUUGUGUGUGUAAUGCGGAUUCUCAGAAAGUGGGUAACAUACGUGGUGCAGAUUCAGGUGUUUACGUGCCUCUGCCAGGUGGAAGCUUUAAUCCGUUACCGCCUUCUACAAAUGCAAGCGGGAACCCAGCUGUUGCCGGCAUCAGCGGAAAUAGCGGUAGUGGUGGUGGUGGAGCUGCCGCAGGAAGCAUGCGCCUGUUAAGUGCCUUUGGCGGUGGCAGUGCUUUGGAUUCACCAGCAUCGCUGCCAGGAACAUCGGGGCACACGGGUUCAGGUUCAUCUUCAUCUUCGAACACACCUGCCAGCAAUCAACAUAUUACGGGGUACGUGGACGACGAUCCGGUAGAUUGUACCUGCGGUUUUAGUGCUGUAGUCAAUAGACGACUUGCAUUUCGUGCUGGUCUCUUUUACGAGGAUGAAAUGGAGAUAACGGGUGUUGCCGAAGAUCCCGCCCGUAACAAGAAACAGUCAUUACCUUCCCUGAUAGCAAAUUUGGCGGCUGCUCUGACGCCAACUGCUGCGAAAUUGACGUCCUCUCUAGCCAUUAAGGGCGCUAAUCCAUUGUUACCUGCUCAAGCAGAUAAGGCUAACCACGUACAGCCCGACGCGCAAGCACUCCAACAUGCGCACGUCAUCUUUGAUUUAUUACUUGAACAAUGUUCCAUCAUACAAACGUCUAGCAGUGCAGUACACCGAGCUUUACAACGUCACCGACAUCGUUUAGCUCGACAAAGCCGACAACCACAAUCGGUGGCCGCCAUCUCCAAUGUGUUAGAAUUCGUCGACGCAAAUGAUGUAAUAUGUUUGGCACUUGAGCAGGCGAGAUUAGCUUUCGAAAGUAACCGUAUGGAUGUGAAUGAAUUUUCUAGCCAAAACCAGCUCUCACCUUUCGACCCUAGCCGUCCUGGCGCGGCCAAACGGAAUCAUCAACUCUUUGGUGGCAGACUAACAGUGCAUAAGUGGCCGUACAUUCCAGUUGGAUUUUCACGCAGUAACAAAGAGAUUGUGCGCACCAUGAACUUCAUACAACCCAUGUUGCAAAAUGCAUUCCAUUCGAAAUCUCGCAGUGCGGCGGGCAGCAAAGAUGCUACUUACACAGUAAGCGGACCAUUGACCUGGCGACAGUUCCAUCGCUUGGCUGGACGUGCUUCUGGCCAAUGCGAACCACAACCGAUACCAUCGGUGAUAGUUGGACAUGACAAGGAUUGGGUCUCAGUAGCACCACUAGCCAUACACUAUUGGGACAAACUUCUGCUGGAACCCUAUGCUUAUGCGCGUGAUAUUGUGUAUCUGGUUGUGUGUCCGGAAACUGAUUUUGUGGUGCAGAAUACGCGAACAUAUUUCAGAGAAUUGAGUUCUACGUAUGAAAUGUGUAAAUUGGGUCGUCAUACGCCCAUUCGCGGUUGGGAUGGUUUGUUGACGGUGGGUCCACGUACGCCCACAGAUAAUACACCAAAUAGCACGCCACUGGACGAUUGGUUGCGCACCUUAGAUAAUACCGCUGUAGCCGAAAAAAUACGACUGUAUGCGAGCGCGUUUCAUAACCAAAUAGCGCCGUACCUCAAUCGUGUGCCCGGCGACAAGACGUUGCUUAAUCCACCUGAGAAUAGCAGUUGUCAACCGGGAGCAGGACGCGAACGUGGCACCACUAGUCCAAUGGGCAGCAUGAGUUCGAUACACAGUUCGGCGAGUGGUGUUGAUCAAGACAAAACGCAUACCUCGCCCAAGAUCGAGGGCAUGGAUCAACAGCAGCAACAGCAACAACAACAACAGCAGCAACAACAACUCCAACAUCAGCAGUUGCAACAUCAACAGCAACAACAACAACAACAGAAUUCUGGCGAAUCGAUCGACAUGAAGCCAGACAUCAAACCCGACACAAAACCACCAAUUGUACUUAGCGAUCCUUUGGGUAUGGGUGAAACAAUGGAAGAUAUAAACCCACCGGCAAUUGUGCUCUACGUAGUUGAACCUUUCACGUUCGGUUCCGACUCACCCGAAUUGGAGCGUUUAGCUUGUAUAGCCUUGUUGCGUUGCUAUGCUGAGCUAUUAAAGUCCAUACCGGAUUCGGUACGUGCAAAUAUCAAUAUUCAAAUCAUAUCGUUGGAAUCGAUCGUUGAAUUGGGACGAUCGCGUACACGCAAACGUUUCUCCGACGAAAUUCGUUGCUUGGCUUUGAACAUAUUCUCGCAGUGUCGUCGACAUAUGGUGCACACGCAGGCCGUGAAGAGUUUGACCGGUUUCGGCACAGCCGCCAAUAUGGAAGCAUUCCUAAAGAGCAAAGACGACAAGAACCGACAACCAUACAAAAUGUACACACCGCCGUAUGUAUUGGCGCCAAUGCAUGAGAAAAAUGACAAGACAGACUUCUCUCGCCAAUCAUCCAGUAUGCGCGCACUGAACGAGCAAAAAUAUUCAGUCAUGUAUUGCAACUAUUGUCUGAGUGAAGAUCAGAGUUGGUUGCUCGCUACUGUGACCGAUGAUCGUGGUGAGAUGUUUGAAAAGAUCAUCAUCAAUAUUGAUGUACCGAAUCGUGCGCGCAGACGUAAGGCACCGGCGCGACGUGUUGGACUCAAGAAGCUGAUGGACUUCAUAAUGGGUUUGAUCUCACAGACAGCGCAUCAUUGGCGGCUGGUUGUGGGCCGUAUUGGGCGCAUCGGUCACAGCGAACUAAAAUCAUGGAGUUCUUUGUUGAGUAAACAAAAUCUACAGAAAGCUUCCAAGCAACUAAAGGAUAUUUGUAAGCAAUGUUCCUUCAUGUAUCCACCUGGUAUACUCAGCGCCUGCUUGGUGACGUUGGAGCCAGAUUCAAAACUGCGCGUAAUGCCUGACCAAUUCACUCCGGAUGAGCGGUUUUCGCAGAUUUCCAUGCAGAACCCGCUAUCCACUCCACAAGAUGUAACAUGCACACACAUACUAGUAUUCCCGACAAGUGCCGUUUGCUUGUCAUUUACACGUCAAUUUCAAAAUGAGCCACAAGUAGAUUUGGAAAAUGAUAUCAUAUUCGAUGAUGAUGACGAAAAUGGCGGCUUCACUGAUGCUGAGCUCAUGGGUGAUCUGCUCGAUUGGGAUCCUCAACCUGGUCGCUUAUCGAAUCACUGCAGUCCCGAUCGCAUGGAAGAUAAUCGCAGCUGGCCGAGUGCCGGUGGCAAUAACUUCAACUCGGCACAGCAACAGGAUGUUGAAGAGGUGGGCUCAAUAAAUCAGCAACCGCUAGCCGUGGGCUACAUGGUUUCUACAGCGCCAACUGGACGCAUGCCUUCCUGGUUUUGGGCAGCUUGCCCGCAUUUGGAAGAUGUUUGUCCUGUAUUCUUGAAAACGGCAUUGCACCUCCACGUGCCAAACAUACAGACCGCCGACGAUAUACUUAACUCGACAAAUGCGCAUUCGUCAGCCAUAGAUCAUCCACUGGAUUCCUCACUCACUGCCGAUGUAUUGCGUUUCGUGUUGGAGGGUUACAAUGCCUUGUCCUGGCUGGCAUUGGACUCCAACACACACGAUCGUCUAUCGUGUUUGCCAAUUAAUGUGCAAAUGCUUAUGGAUCUGUACUAUCUGACUGCAGCGAUAAUGUAAAAGCUACAAUUUAAGCAAACAAGUCAGAUUGUAUAUACAUAUAUAUAUAUGUAUAAAGAAAACGUGUCGUCAAUUGUGUAUUGUAAUAUAUAUAUAUAUAUAUAUAUGCGCUAAGUAGUUAAUAUGCGAGGAAAUGUGUUAAUGUGCAGUAUUUUUAUACGAUAAAUGUGCAGGGUGUCGAUAAUGCGUACUCAAAAUAAUGAUUGUUGCAAUUUUAGGUAUUUUAUUAGUUUAAAUUAAAGUGAACAAAAACUAAACAAAACAAAACAAACAACAAGCAUUCUAAACAAAUUGGUCGUUGCAAUUGUGUGUGUUUCGAGUCUAAUUUUGUGUGUUUUAUAUAUUUAUUAUAAUAAUGUUUGAUAGUUUAAACUUUUGUGAUAUAAAGUUGAGGUUAAGAACCAAAAUCAAAUAAUUUCAUACAUACACUUCCAUAUGCACAUAUGUAACAGCAAAUACUUCAAUAUUUGAUAUGCAUUUCGUCAUAAUACAUAUGUAUACCCAAUGUGCCGUUCAAUAUGCAAAGAAACGAUUUUCGAUACUUAUAUCCGUCGAACGUUCUAAAUGGUGUAAGCAUUUGUGUGCUUCCGUUUGCCAAACUUCCAGACUCCAAUUUGCUUUUACAAGUGUACGCCAUUUGUUUUUUUUUGUCAUAGUAUACAAGUUUUUUUUUUAUAUAAAAUUUUAUUUCAACGAAAUAAAAGUGGCUUUCUAAUAGUUCUAUUUUUUUAAUAUUCACCAAAAUUUAUAAUUUGUUUAGACUUCAAGUAAAUAAUUUUUCUUGUUUUUUUUUUUUUAUAUAU